AUGCUCAAAUACAUAGACAUAAUUGAAUUGACAAAAUCUAGUUAAAUCCUCAAUUUAGGAAUAUUUAUUUUAACAUCCAUAAUCCCUAUUCUCCUAUUAUUUUUGUAUUUUGUGCUUUAUUUUCAUUACAAUCGGCACCCUAGACGUAGGUAAGAAGAAAACACGUUGGAAAAGGUAAUUAAAUAAUUAAAUAACCUAGUUGUUUAUCAGGUUGCUUACAAUAUAAGAAUGGAUAUUUUUUUAUCCAACAAUUUAAAUUCACACUUUAAUUAUCUCAUGCAAGUAUUUUGACGAAUCUAAUUUUAAAUAAAUAUGCAACUUUACAUCGUUUUAGGAUUUUGUUAUUAUUAUUUAAUCUAUAACAAUAUUGAUUGUAUCCAUCUUUAUUUAAUUUACGACAAUUGCAUUCAUAAGAAAUGGCAAGUUCUAAAAACAAGAUUAUUCCUCCUUAUACUUUAAGAAUGGACAAAUAUAUGUAAUUAUAAAUUAAGUCCUGUAAAAUUUAUUUGCGUGUUUAUACGAAUCAAACAGCACUGUAGAAUAUGUAAUAUGUUUGUUAUAUCAUUUUAGUUAAGCUUACUAGUUUUGCAUACUGUAUUUCACUUAAUUAUGUGGAUAUUAGCAAUAACAAAAUGGCCAACUUUUAAUUAAGCAUUUAUUUAGUACUGGUUUAUCCUUAUCAUUAAUAUCAAUCUUUCCCUAUAUAUAUCCUUUAUUUUGGAUACAAUUUUUGAAUAAAAUAACUCAAAAGGAUAUGGAUUUUACCAUUUUCUUUGGAUCUUGAUAAUGUUAUUUUUUACAUAAUUGAAAAUAUCUGAAGUGUAAAUGAAAUCACGGUUAUUUUAGAACAUAAUUAAUGAAUAAACCUUACUGACUAAAAUAUAAUCAUUUGAAUAAAUGAUUUCCAGAAGGGAUAAGCAAUCAAAUAUUGUUCUAGUCUUGGGAAUUGUUAGAUCUCAUCAAAAUUCGAAUUGCAAAAAUAAUUUAAUUAAAUAAGAUCUCAAGAGGUGUUAUUGUACAAUGAAAAUGAUUUAUGACCCAAAGAAGUAGAAUGACAUUAGAAAUCUAUCCUCAUCCAUCACCAAGCAUAUCAAUAUCUUCUCUAAACUGGUUAUAAAAUCUUGGUAUGAAUAAUACAUCAAUGAGAAUUCAAGUAAUUAUUACAUUCGGUUGCAAUACUCCUAAUAUUUAUUUUAUAAAAUAGACUUGUAUGCUCAAUCAUUAAUAGAAUUAAACAAAUUGAAUAAUUAAUUGAAGUCUUUAAGUGAUAAAUUAUAAUUUUGUAAUUUGUCCUUAAAAAUUAAAUAAAAAAUUGACAUAUUAUGCAUGCAAAGUUAUAAAUAGAGGUUUGAUUUUGAAGUUGUCGUGGCAAUUGAAGAAUCCAUAAGAAGAAUUUAGAAAUCAAUUAUUUAUAUUAUGGACAUGCAAAUUAAAAUGUUUAAAUCCAUAAUUAAGUAUCAUGAUAUUAAUGAACAAUUGUUGAUAAAAGAUUUUGAUUAAACCCUGAAUAAAAUUUAAGAAAUAAAAAUUAAUUGGAAAGACAUAACUAGAAGGCAAAUUAUUUAGAAUGAUAAAGUUUAAUUCAAAUCCUUUUUACAUCGAAAAAAAGAAUUUGCCAUACUUCAUAAUUGGUUUAGGUAGAACAUAUUAAAGAAGAGAGUUAAACAAUCCAUAUUACCUGUGGAAACUGAUGAAUUUAUCUAAGAAGAAUCAGACUCAGAUAGUGAGAAUGAUCACUUUUAUGAUCAAUAGAAAAUAUUCAACUUGUUAUCUGGAAUACUUCAUUGUAACACAAAUGGAGAAAUCCUAAAGUUUAGUUAGAAUUGUCAAACUCUAUAUGGAUAACAAUAGUUGAAAUCUAUCUUUGAAUUGAUUCCUCAUUCAAUGCAACGGAAUCAUCAGAUAGCUAUGAGACAAUUUAUCGAGAAUGGCAAGAGAAGAAGUCUGUUUAAAAAAUUAAAGAUAUUUUAUAUUAAUGAGACAUCGAAUAUAGUUUAGGCUAAUAAAUAUCUAAAAUGCAUUUUAAACUAAAAAAUGUGUAUAGAGUAUGUAUGUAUGAUCAGACCAAUAAUUAAAUUGACCCCUACCAAUUUUAUAUUGUUGAAUGAAAACUGGGAAAUAGAUUCUACUACAAUUCAAUUAGAGAAAUUAUUCUAAAAAUAGAGUUGCCUUUUAAUUUAAUGUCCAAAAUUAUUAAGAUAUUCUCAUUACCAAGUGCUAAUGAAGGACAAUGAUUAUGAUUUCUUUUAAUUGAGGAUUUCACAAACCUAAACAUAGUAUAUUUAAGAACUGACAUAAUACAUCUAAAGUUAAUAAAAUAUAUCUGAAUCUCACUAGACCAGAAGAUAUACUAAUAGAAGAGGCGAUAAUUUUAAGUAUUUGCUAGAUCAAGCACUUGUUGAUGAGAAUGUAAAUAAUGGGUAUGAAUUCAGUAAGAGCAAUGCAAAAUUCCGCAAAAUAAUAGAUGAAAAUAAUAUUACUUUACAUAUGAGAAUCCCUUUAGAUGAAAAGUAGCUAAAUGAAGAUUAUUCUGAAUUUAAAAGAUCACUAAAUCAGGAUGAUUAAAUGACAAAAUCAAUGAGAAUAUAGAGAUUGCGGAAGAUAGUUAUCAGGAAUCAAUAUGGCUUGCUUAGAUUUAAUAAAUAUGAAUUAUUGAGAAGGAUAAUGAAAUACAAGUUAUUGACUUAGAAGAAAUAUUACCAUCAAAUAAGUACAAUAUCAUUUUAUAAAGAAAAGCUUUUUGAAGAAUACUGUUCCAAUACAAAUAACCUGAAUAAAGUGCUUAAAAUCGAAGGCUCCAUUCUCUUCACCACCAAGACAUCUUUUGACAAAACUAUUAUUAUCAAAGUUAAUAGAUUUGAAUUUUAUGAGCAGGAAGCCAAAAAAUACACUGUAAUAUAAUUUAAUUGUUCAUUAGAGUUCAAGUCAAUCUGAACGAAAGCGAACUACAUCAUCAUAAUCCACUUAAUUCAUUUUAAGAAGAAAUUCAGAUAUAUAUUUUUAGAACUUCUUUUAGAAUCAAUCAAAUAAUUUUUAGACUUUGCCUUAAGAUAAUAAUGACUAUGAUUCGAUCAGGGAUAACAUUACUAAGACAUUGAUUACUGAAAAUGAACUGUAAGUUGAUUUUUCAAACCAAAAAGCUAUUUCAGAUGAUGGAUUCUCCAAACAGAAUUGGCUAAUAAAAAAUGAAUUUAUUAAGGAUGAUUUAAAUAAGAUUCCAAAAAUGUUAGAAGAACUAACCUAUAUUAAAUUAUUGAAUCGUUUUUUAUUAAUCAGUUUACUCGUUUUAAUCAUGACUGAAUAUGUUUUUGGACCUUAACUUUAUAUAAGUUCAAUUAUUUAGAAUUCAUUUAACAAGGUUGAAUUAGUUACAUCAUUUGUUUAAAUCAUAUCUCAAACCUAUAAUUCAAUUAUUGACUUAGAUCUAUCUCUAUAAGACAUUCAUAUGGCUAAUCUGAUACAGAUAAACAAGCUUGCCCAAAGUUCCGUCUCAUAACUCAAUGAAUUGACUCUAGAAACCUAAGAUUUUAUUUCAAUUUUCACUCAAAAUACAGAUUUCAAUGAAGAUAUCUCCACCCUUGAUUUAAUAGGAACUUUCAGGGCAAAUGUUAAUAACUUUUUAUAGGUAGCCUUAAAUAUUGAUUCAAUUACCCUAAAUGAGACAAUCUCUUUCUAUAGAACGAGCUUAAUACCCUACUUUUAUGUGACUUUGAACAAAUCUAUUGAAAAUAUUAACUAAGCCUUAGAGGCUAAUUUAGAAUAUAUUAAAGGGAUUUUCUAGGCAUUCCUACUCUUUAUCUCAUUAUUUAAUGGUACAAUUAUAAUUUCAAAUAUAAUGUUUCUCUUUUAAAUGAUCAAAAAAACUAAAGUAUUAAAUAGAUAUAUUAUUCAAGUUAUUACUGAGCUCAUUUUCAAUGAUAAACAAAUAACAAUUUGUUUAGAUAUAUAAAUACUAGAUAUCAUUGAGACAAUAACUGAGAUUUAUGAACUUUAGCAAUUUAAAUGGUAAUAUUGAUUUCAAUGACUUAGCUACACAAAAUCAUAUAGAAAAUCUGAUGCAAAGAGAGAAUUUAGAAGUCGAAUAGGAUUAGGACAGUUCAAUUACCAAAUACACUGAGUCCUAACAUUGGAUUAGGCUAACCAUAAAAGUGUUACUUACUUACAUCAGCAUCAUGACGAUGCUUUUAAUAAUGGGAAUCUAUUAUAACUUCUACCUUUAAUCAAUCAUUGAUGGAAUAUCAUUAUUCAUAUAAAAUAAUGCUUUUACAUAAAAUUUACUCCCCUAUUGGGCAGUUGUGGCUAUUAAGGAUGCUUAUUGUUUUUAAUAGCACUAUUAAAAUGAAAUUAAUUUAACUCAAUAUAUUGAACUAAUUAAACAAUUUUAAUCAAUGUAGAUAAAUAAAUAAGUAUAUAACAACAAUUUAUAAUCUGUGCAAUCUCUUUUUUAUGGAGAUCAAUGUUAAAAUGGAAACUUAAGUAUAAUUUCACCCAAAACAUAGAUUUAUCAUCGUAUGAAACAUAGUAAUGUUAAUAUUUGGUAAAUGGAGCAUUAACCAAAGGAUUGAUUGUUUAUUAUGAUUACUUAUAUUAGAUUUCUAUAUCUUUGACAAAUUCAAGUGAUACUAGAUUUGAAAAGCUAUCAUUAGAAAGAUUAAUGGAAUUCAGUGAAGUAAGCUUUAGAAUUAUUGAAUAGUUGUAAGGCAUAGUGUUUUCCCUGCAAAAUUUCGCAGUAAUUGAAUUUAAUAAGGAAAUCGAUUCUAGAUUGAGCGAUUACAUCUCAGUAGAAAAAGCAUUAGUGUAAGAUAUAAUUAUAAUUAAUCAAAAGGAUUGUCUUCAUUUCGUUAACUUGUUUGUUUUACUAUUUAAUAAUUGAAAGUUAUUUCCACAAUUUGAUGGAUUCUUAAUACAGGAAGUUUAGAUAGUUUUAUGAUCAAAACUAUCCGAAUAGCAUUUUGCAUUAGAAUAAGACUUUAAGAGCUAGAUUCAAAAAGUAUGGAAUUUUAAAGAAGUGA